AUGAAGGGGGAAUUACGCAGUGUAGCAAAAUUUUUAAAAAAUGGAUUACACAAAAAUGGAGUCAUCGGUGGAACAAAAAACUCCGCUCUGCACUGCGGUUCGAUGAUGCAUGCGUUCAGAUCUCUUUCCACCACAAAUAAUGGGGAGAAAAAAAAAAUGAACAUGUUUACAGCAAUCAACUCAGCUAUGCACAACGUGUUUGAAAAAGACCCCAAUGCGAUACUCCUCGGGGAAGAUGUAGCCUUUGGAGGAGUAUUCAGGUGUUCGCUAGAUCUACUAAACAAGUAUGGGAAUAAAAGAGUUUUCAACACCCCCUUGUGUGAACAAGGUAUCAUCGGUUUUGCAAUUGGAUUAGCAGAAAAUGGAUUUACGACCAUCGCAGAGAUACAGUUUGGAGAUUAUAUUUUCCCCGCAUUUGAUCAAAUAGUGAAUGAUGUAGCCAAAUAUCGAUACAGGUCCGGAAACAGUUUCGAUGUGGGUAAACUGACUAUUAGGUCAACCUGGGGUGCAGUAGGCCAUGGAGGUCUUUAUCACUCGCAAAGUCCAGAAGCAUUCUUUGCACACGCAGCUGGCAUUAAAAUUAUUGUACCUAGUGACGCUUACAAAGCAAAGGGGUUGCUACUUUCAGCCAUUAAAGAUCCCAACCCUUGCUUAUUCUUUGAACCCAAAAUUCUGUACAGAUCAUCCGUCUGUGAGGUCCCCGUGGAGGAGUACGAAUUAGAAUUAGGCAAAGCGGAUGUAGUGAAAGAAGGCAACGAUUUGACUAUUGUUACCUGGGGGUCCUUAGUACAUAAAAUGAAGAAGGCAGCGGAUACAUUACUGACUAAGCACAAAAUCGACUGUGAAGUUAUCGACUUGCAGACGAUCAUUCCUUGGGAUAUUGAAACCGUUCAGAAGUCCGUGGAAAAAACAGGACGCCUUUUAAUAACGCACGAAGCGCAAGUGACCAACGGGUUUGGAGCAGAAAUUGCUGCCAAAAUUCAGGAGAGGUGCUUUUACAAUUUGCACACCCCAAUUAAAAGAGUCUGCGGAUAUGAUACUCCUUUUCCCCAUGUGUACGAACCUUUUUACAUGCCCGACGAGCAUAAAGUAAUGUAUGAGGUACAAAAAAUGAUGGCCAGCUAG